AUGUUGAUUGCAAAGAGCUUGAAGAGCCAUAACAUCAGAGAGUCUCUCAUAAAACCAAAUCUGCUCCCUGCAACAGAACUCAUUCUGGGAAAAGACAGUGCAAACAAGCUCUCCCAGAUUUCACUAUCAGAUGAUACAGUCAAGGGAAGGAUCGACAACUUGUCUCAAGACACCAAAGAUCAAAUUCUUGACCAAGAAAGAGAUUCUCCUGUUUUUGCCAUCCAGUGUGACGAAACGACUGACAUCGCUCAGUGUUCUCAGCUUCUGGUAUUUGCUCGUUUUGUAUCAGGCAACUGUGUGAAAGAGGAAAUGUUGUCUGUCACCCUAUGGAUAGUUGUACAACAGCAGCAGCUAUUUUUCGAUGUAUCAAAUUUCUUUCAGGAAAACCAACUUCCGUGGGAUUCGCUAGUAGCAGUGGGCACUGAUGGAGCUCCAGCCAUGCUUGGUCUGCAGUCUGGAUUCAUUACUAAGGUGAGAGAAAAAAAAUCCAUCUGUUGUAGGUACACACUGCAUACUUCAUCGUGA